AUGCAUACCAAUCGUGGGAUAAUAACCCAACUGCUACGUCUCAUUGACUCCACACAGCACAUACAGCAGUAUCUCGGCCAGUUUCACCCUUCGCAGGGCGAAUCUCUGGCCGUAAUCGCUCUCGGGCCGGACUCACUCUCUUCGCCGCGAACCGCCGUGCGCGAGCAGCUCGAACAGCUUGCCGACUCACUAGCAUUCCUACGCAGAGUCGGUCUGUUUCCUGUUGUCGUACAUGGUGAGUUAGACCUGGAUCUUCCGUCCAUAUCGAGAGUGGAGGGGCCCAACGAUCAGCCGAAUCGACUAUGUCGCAUCCGCACGACGAACUACCAGCUCAGCGCGCUCCUGGAGCAGCAGGAUGUCGAGACACGGCCCAUCUCCUCUGGUAUAUUUACGGCCGUCUCUGAAUCUGACGGCACGAUGUCCUACCAUCAGGGCCAUGUGACAGAUAUUGCCACCCAGGGAAUCAAGUCCGCUAUCCAUAAUGGCUAUAUACCGGUCGUGGCAGCAUUGGGCACUUCAUCUGCAGAGUCUCGCACGUAUGCGCUGGACGCCUAUGAUGCCGUUGCGCAAUUGGCGCGAGUACUGCAACCGUUGCGUAGUAUUUUCCUCGUUCGCGACGCCUCUCCCUCCUCCAUGUCGGCACUCAUCGCUACUUCUCCCGCGAUGCACGAUCUAGCGCGAGAACUCAGGCCUCAUGCCAGUAUCAUGCUGGGGGAGGCCACGGCCUUGCGCAGCACCAUCUUUCCUGAUCCCGCGCUCUGGACGGUACUGCGUAAUCCACGGAUCGUCCAGUCUGCCACCUCUCUCCAGGAUUUUCCUUCACGAAAGGCCCUUCGCACCGCCCUUCAGCGUCACGUCAUCUCCAAUGGGGCCAUUGACAUCGAUGCACUCCUAACGCAGCUUGAGACCAGAGACUUCAUCGCUUACUUUGACCACGACCCGAUCUCGUCAGCACCAGAACAGACAGUCAAUAACCUCGCGCUUGUUUUCACGCAAGCAUCGUUCCCAUGGCAAUUUGCUCCAUCGCUGCCAUCGGGUGAUGCGGAGGCAUAUGCUCCACGCUCCAUGGCCACAUCCGUCGAACAGGACAGUAUCAUCGGAAGCAUAUCAGAGCUCGCCUUGUUUUCCAUCUUCCACUUGGAUUGGCAUAAUGGCGUGGCUGAGCGAUUCUGGGACCGCAUUCGGGAGGACCACGUUUCGCUCUGGGGCUCCCUGGCGGAGACCGAUCCCAGUCUAUCGUGGUGGCUCACUCGAUCCUCCGGGCGUAUUAAGCGACAGCUGGAGGGAAAGAUUUACAUGUGGUACGGGCCCGUCACUUGA